AUGACUUUCUUCAUAACUUUUAGGACUAGCUCAGAACUUCUGUUGAAUCCGGUUUUGAUUUGUAGAAACGAGGCUGAGAAAUGCUUAAUUGAAACAUCUAUUAAUUCAUUGCGCAUAAGCCUCAAGGUGAAGCAGGCAGAUGAACUAGAAAACAUACUAACUAAAAAAAUUCUUAGAUUUUUGUCAAUGAGAGCAGAAGCAUUUCAGGUGCUUAGAAGAAAACCAGUACAGGGUUAUGAUAUUAGCUUCCUUAUAACAAAUUACCACUGUGAGGAUAUGCAGAAGCACAAGCUCAUUGAUUUUAUCGUACAAUUCAUGGAGGGUUUUCAUGUUGAUUACCUUCCUAAAGGCAGAAGGCAGUGGCUUGCGUUUAACGUGCGCUCUGCUGAUGAUGAAGGGGGUUGGAAAUCAUCUCUUCCAGCAGUUGCUGAAUUUAACAGCAUUCUAUCGCUUCUCCUUAAACAUGGCACUAGAGUGAGCCAAAAGAAUAAAUUCCGAUUGACUGCAUUUCAUACGGCUGUUGGUAAUGGUAACUCACAGGCACUUCAGAUCCUUCUACUGGAAGAUCCUGAUGGUAUCAACUACAAGACAGAGAUGAAAGAAACGCCACUGUUUUUUGCAGUAAAGAAUGACCAUAUGGAUUGUGCAGAGAUUCUUUUGCGCUGGGGAGCAAACAUAGACAAAGACCAAUAGAUUUAGCAAAGUCGCAAGAUAUGCGUUUUAUGCUAAAUCCAACCAAUAUCAGUCU